AUGGCGUCUCGUGACCGGACGAGGUUCCAAUACGAGCGCUCCAUCGGCAAGGAGACCAUUCGCCUUAUACGAAUUCUGACCCGCCGAGACACUCGAAAUGACCCGUUACGACUUGCACUUGAGGAACACGCCAUCGCCGACCUUCCAGCCUACCGAGCUCUGUCUUAUACCUGGGGUCCGCCCAUACCCAACAACGACAAGACUCUAAAGCCGAGAUUGGCAACAGUCCUCCUCGACGACCAUGAUUUUGACGUCUUCCCCAAUUUACAUGAUGCGCUGCUUUGGAUCAGAGCCCGUGGGUCAUGCGACUUAUACUGGAUCGACGCCAUCAGCAUCAACCAGGCCGACGACACGGAGCGUACCGUACAGGUCAGCAUAAUGGACCACAUCUAUAAGGGGGCCGCCCGAGUCGACAUUUGGCUCGGUUCUGUGACUGAGGAACAUCACCCGGUUGAGGUCUCUAGGAUGAUUCGGAUCAUGGCCGACAACGCCCGGAAGAAGCUUGGGUACGACCCAGACACCCCCGUCUUCGACCACGAUGCGCUACGGCGAUAUGGCUUGCAGGACAUAUCGGACACCGUCUGGCACGCGUUUGUCUCCUUCUUCGACCGCAAGUGGUUCGACCGUGUCUGGGUCGUCCAGGAAGUCGCACUCUCAAAGGACGCAUGUGUGAUCUGGGGCGACGACACGAUCCCCUGGGAGACGGUGGCUCUCUGCUCCGAUUUUCUGCGCGACAGCCGCCUCUACGAACAGCUUUCCGAGGUUCUCUAUGACAACAGAAGUUUCGCAAUCAAGGACGUCCAUGUCGGCAGCAGCUCCGCAGGCAUCGUCGCGAUCCAGAAAUGUCGUCACGGCAAGCUCGACGGCUGGGACAGCGUGACGCUUGAUCAUAUGGCCACCACGAACGGGAGCUUCGAGCAAUGGGCCGACUUCCUAUUGCAAUGCGACGCCGUGUACGAAGCGACGGGGCAGUGCCGCGUAGAGGCGUUCUGGCGGACGUUGAUCGCCGACCGAGACGGGUUCCAACACCCAGCGCCCGGGAGUCUACAAAAGGCGUUCCACCACUGGAUCACGGACCACGUAGCAUGGGAGAUCUACUGCGCCGUGAAGAAGGGGGCCAACGAGACCGAGUGUCUCGCACGGUUGGAGAGCAUCCAGAAGCUCGCCACAUCGGACGUCAGCAAGACGGUGCCAUCGCUUGGCAAGAUCAUGGGCUGCCUCGACCGGCUCAAGAAGUGCAACAAGGAGAGGGAGGUGAAGAGCGUGUUAGAUGGCUUCAAGCAUCGGUGUCAGGCCUACGUCAACCUUGCGUUCGAGACGCUAUGGGAUAGACGGCCGUUCCUGAUGGACAGCGGGCAUCUCGGGCUUGGCGGGCAGUCGAUGGAGGACGGCGAUGGGGUAUGGGUCGUGUCUGGCUGCCCGUCACCCCUCGUGCUUCGCGAGAUGCCGGUGUCGUCGGUUUCUGGGCCGUUCUGCUACCAGCUGGUUGGAGAGGCGUACGUGCAUGGCAUCAUGCACGGGGAAGCCGUCGAUGAAGGUGCGCGGUGGGAGGAUAUCUGUAUUCAGUGA